UCCAUCAUUACAAACAAAACUUUUCAUUCGCCAAAAAAACUAGUACCACAAAGCAGCACGUUUCAUCUAUACACAUCUGAUUUAACAUAAUACAACAGAUUAUAGCAACUGACAACAACAGAAUUCAAGUGCAGAAAAAGACGUAUCUGCUUUGAACAAAAUCAUCACAAAAUUGUUUACAGACAAUUAUUGACAAAUUAAUGAUUGGAUAAACUUUGUGGAAAAGAUCGUCAAGAAACCACAUCAAUAGAAAACGAAUGUAUGGGCUUGAAGGUUUACAGGCAAACAAAAGUACAGAUGCCACUGUUAGCCUUCGAUAUAUAUGUAGAAUGCCCUCAUUCAAUCAUUCCUAUACAGAAUAGGAAGUAGAUCACCAAGUCAAUAGACAUAAAUAUAUAUGAAAGAUAAUCUGGUAACCGGACAAUCUUUCAUUAUAUGCAAAGAAGAAGGUGAAUUCAAGACAAUGAUGAACAAAAAUAUACACUUCCGUGCUGUGGUUUACCGUCCACACUUUCAUCAAACUGUAGAAGAAAAAGAAGAUGUGACGGACACGGCUGGAAUGUCAAAUGAUCAAGUAUCUGAAGAUAGUGUUGAAGAUGAAAGUACUGGAAGACCACCUCCAGAUAAACAAAAGAUGGAUACUAAUUCAAAACCAUGGCUUAAGGACAUAAGAAAGUCAGGGAAUAAAACUCUAUUUGGGAAAACGGGAAUUCAGAUCAGAUUGCCAAGUUCUAGAAAUAAUAAUGGCCAAUCUAACACGAAGAAAAGGACAAAUCUUAUUGAAAGUUCAGAUGAUACAGAUGACACUGUAACUUAUGAUGAAGAAAAAAACUUGGCGAAGAAAGAUGAAUCUAAAAAGAGUGCUGGUAUUCGAAGAAAUUCCUCGUCUGCGUCGACGGAAUGUGAAGCGAUUGUAACUACAGCUCCUACGAAAAAAAAUAAACAAAUUAGGAAGAAGAAAACUCGAAUAAAAUCGAGUGAUGAUGAAAGUUCUUCAGAGAGUGAAGAUGUGGAGGAGACGAAGAACAAAGUUAACAAAAAGAAAACAUUAUCGGUCAAGGCCUCUUCAAAGAUCAUUCAUAUAUCUUCAGAGACAACAGAAACUGACGAUGCUGUACAUCUUGUGCGCGGGGACAAGGGGAAAAGAAAAAGGCAAUUGUCAGGGCCAUCUGAUACACAUUCAAAAAUGUCUUCCAGUAAAAAAUUAAAAAGUAUACAAGAAGAAUCGACAGAGGAUUCAUCUGAAACUAAAUGGGUUACUUUAAAAAACAAUUCCAAGUCGAACAAUCUGACGCAUAAACGUAAAUCUGGUGAUAUUGACCAUAGCUCUUCGUCUGAAUCGGAAAUCAUGAAGAAAAGAAAAUCUCAGAAGAAAUCAGGUAGCAAAAAGAAAAGCAAUGCUAUGACCCCUGAGUUAACCCUGAAAUUUUCUUCUUCUGAGGAAGAAUUACCUCCCCUUGUUAGGCCGAGGAAGAGGCAUAGUAGUGACAGCUCUACUAGAUCAACACAGAGCAAUGCCUCCACAGUGGCAUACAGCCACUCUCAAGUGAAAGGGGAACAGAUGGAAAGUUCUUUUCCAAUUCAUGAUCCUGAAUAUCAAAACAUUUCUUCUGGCAUUGAAAGUGAAGAUUCAGGUGCUGAUUCUGACACGCCACUUAAAUUGAUCAUGAUAAAGCGAAACUCUUCUACAGAAACGAAACAGAGCAAUAACUCAGAUGAAAACGAAUCUGAGUUACUGUUUUCCCAAAUCCCUAUUAAAGAGCAGGGUAGGAAAGAUACAGAGGAAAUGUCUAGAAAGGAAAGAGCAUUUUCUUCCUACACUCAGGAGGAAGAUGAAAUAUUUGUUAUCGAUUCAGAUGAGGAUUUUUACUCCAGCAUGUCGCAGCAAAAUUUGACAAUUGAUUACAAUGACAAACCAGAUGCAGAAAAUGAUGAAGAUGAACGUGUUGGAUUUUUCCUCGAUGGGGAAGACGAUGUUGAUACUAUACAUGUAAAAAUUGAAAGUCCCGAGCUACCCCUAGAUUUUGACUGGUUGAAAGAGAAAGUUGAAGCACGAGAAGGGUCGAAAGACCAGUACGACAUAAAUACUCAAGUUAUUACCUCUGUCAAGGUGGAAAAUGUAGAAAAAGACAACUAUGAUGCUGAUACUCAAAUUAUUAGUGACGAUUCAGAUGAAGAUUUCUUUGAGGCUGCAACUCAGAUUCCAAAUGAAAACACAACUGGCAUAGAGGUUCAAGAUGAAGAUGAUACAGGUUCUGAAACUGAGGACUAUUAUCAUGCACAAACUCAACUUCCUGUUGACAAUAUCAAAAAUGGGUCUUCCAAGGAAGAAAAAGUUCGUUUAGCAGACACUGAAAAAGCAGUGGAAGACUUUUACAAUGCGUCAACACAACAUCCUGUUGACAAUUUCAAAAAAAGGUCUUCCAGAGAAGAAAAAGUUCGUUCUGUAGACAUGGUAGAUACUAAAAAAGCAGUGGAAGACUUUUACAAUGUAGACACUCAAGUAGCAGUUAUUGAUUGUGAUGAAUUUGACUCCGAUGACAACGAUCUGUUUCAGGCAGAAACACAAAUUUCAGGUAUUAAAGAAGAAGGAAGCACAAGUUAUGACAGAACUAGCAAGAAAGUUAAAGAGGAGAUGGAUAAAGAUUCUAACAGUCUAGACUAUUACAAUGCUCAAACUCAAGUUUUUGAUGAAACUGAGAAAAAAUUGCCAAUAAGAAGAAAAAGUUUUGAUUUGGAUAAUUUUGAUGAGCAAUUGGAAGAAGGCAAGAAAUCGCAAAUCAACAGAAAACGAGGUUUUAAGGAGUCGAAACCAGAAAGAGUUAUUAAAAGAGAGAGUAAGGAUCUAUAUGAUGCCAACACACAAAUUGAUAGGACCAAUAAACAUUCUGUUGUACAGCGCUUGAGUGAUGAAGGCUGUGUUGUCGAACACAUAAAAGAGACCAAGGUCAUUGUCAAAAAACAAUUCUCCACACCAUUAGAAGCACAGAAAUAUCUUAAAGAGUAUAAUUCCUCAGAAGAUUUGUAUGGUGAUGAUACUCAAGAGUAUGAUUGGCCAAAAGGAAACAAACCUACUAUUAAAAAGAAGCCAGUAUAUAGUGACAUCAAUCAGGAUGAUACAAAGGUCGUUGCUGAUGUUUAUGACAUAAAUACUCAAAUUGAUCGUACCAAAAAUGAGGCUAUACAAGAAUUUGAUCCAUAUGCGGCAGCAACACAGGUAGUUAAACCUGAAGUGAUUGAUAUUUCUGAUGAUGAAAAUGAUAACGUUCUAUACAACUGCGCUACUCAGGUUGAAUCUAAAUUAGAGGCGAAAGAGAGAGCAGUCAGUGAAGUUAAAGACAAAAAACUGAAAAAUAGCAUAUUAUCAAGUGGUAUACAACAAAUAACAAGCAAAGUCAGUGUGGGUGUGCCGAAAAAUGUUAUGGAUGCUAUGUCACAAAUGGAAUUCAAAUCGGAGAAUCACUGCAAUAUUUACGACAUGGCAACACAGGUUCAAAACCAUGAUGAAAAUGAAACUGAGAGUGAUCAGGAAAUAUAUGCUGCUGCUACUCAAUUUGAAAUUUCAUGCGAUGAAACCAGUAAGACAAAAGAUAAUUAUAAUGCACAAACUCUGGGCGAUGAUGUAGAUGAAGAUAGCCAGAACUGCUACAAUGAAAUGACGCAAGUUGAGACUCCCCAAAAACAAUCCAAAAAGGAAGCAAGAAAUGUUUUUAACACAAUGACACAAGUUGAUAACACUGUUGAUGUUUGUGAAGCUUUUGACCCAUAUACUGCACAGACUCAAGGGGACAAUGUUCAAAUGUUAAGUUCAGAAGACGAAAUCUAUGAACAGGCUACGCAAGUUGAUUUAACUGUUCCCGUUAGCAAUGAAGAAGAUUCUUGGAAAAGUGAUGAUGAUGAAAGCAAACAAGAAGAUAACAAUGGUGAAUAUGUUGCAAUGCUGGAUGAUGAAGCUGAUGAAAAUGUAAAUGAAAAGCCAGAGGAUAGAUCUGUGAGUCCAGUUGAGAUUAAUGAUGGUUACAUUGCUAUGUUAGAUGAAGUAGAUGAAGCUCCACAGCCAGUUACUAUUACAGAUAGUACCUUAGUUUCAAAAUCGAAAGAGAACAAAACUCCUAAGAAAGACAAGACAUAUGUAAAGCACACAAUGUUGAAAAAAGUUUCAAGUGAAGAAAAGAAAACUAUGGAAUGUUCACCAAAAAAGCCAAAGACGUCCAAGGAAAAAAGAGAGAGUUUCCAAUUAGAAAAAGAAAGAUUUUAUUCUCAAAAACCGAGUAAGAAAGCAGACUCUAAAUCGCCAGAAAUGAAUCAUGAUAUUGAUAUUGUUGAGGACCAUACUAGUCAGUGGUUAUCUAAGCAACAGAAAAGUAAAGAAAUGGACAAGGUAAAAAAACAUAGAGAAACUAAACCAUAUUCUGCUGCAGAUAAUAGCUUGGAUGGAAAUAUCAGGGCUGCUAAAAAUAAAUUGGCUGAGAGAGGAAUGAAGCAAGCGGAACAUCCUCAACCUGUCAAAAGAAAACAUUUAUUUGUUGAAGGUGCAAGUGAUGUUUCCGACGUAACGCUCCCCGAUGAAAAAGAGAUCCUAGCUAAACAGUUACCAUUAUUGGAAUUUCCUCGGGCAAAGGGAACACAGAGCAGUCAGGAAAAUCAACAAACAACCAAAGAAAAGCAGAAAAAAGAUACUGUUACUUCAGAGAAGACGGAUAAAAGUAACAGGGGAGAUAAUCGUAGUCAUUCUCAGUCGGAUCGACAUGAUAGGUCUUCAUCUAAACACAAACAUCAUCAUAGUUCAUCACAAAGUUCUGGUCACAGAAAAGAAAGACACUCUAAGGAUAAAGAUCAAAGAGAUAAGAGGUCAGGUGACAAGGAUCAGAAGUCACAUGACAAGCGAGAGGAGUCACAUGACAAGAAAAAAGAUCACAGAUCUUCUAGCAAGUCUUCAACUAGGAAGGAUGAGAAGUCAUCUGAAAAAUCCAUAUCAUCUGAAAAGUCUAGGGAGAAAGAAUCUUCUAGGAGAUCAUCAGGCAAAAGUAGUCAUCGUACAUCUUCUCAUAAGGAAAAAAAUGAAUCAUCGAAGAAAAAUGAGACAAAGAAAGAUGACAAAGAUAAGACCAUCAUGAAAAGGAUUCCAAAGUUGUCUGAAACUGCCAAGAAAGAGAAAGAAAAUGAAACAGUAACAAAAUCACCAUUAUUAGCAACAAACCUAGAUUCACAAAUUUCUGGGGAUUUUAUGUCGAAAAUUGGAUUGAGCAGUAUGAAGAUCACAUCACGAGUCAGAACACGGAGCCGUGAGGAAUCGGAACAAAGAACAGAAACUCUGAUGGAGGCAUCAACUUCAGAGGUCAGCCUGAAAAAUAAUUCUCCAGAGAAGUGUCAGAGAUUAACAAUAUCAAUGUACAGAGAAAGAGAUCUUGAAUUUACAUCGACAGGCAAUCUGGAAACAACAUCUCCGGCUGAAACUGGUGAAAAAACACCCAAAUCAAUUCUGCGAAUAGUAGGAUCAGAGAGCAAAGGUCUAAAAGUUCAGUUUAGGACACAACCAUAUUCUCAGUCUGCAGAGAAUACACAAAGAGGAGUUGAUUGGGACAAUAGGAAGGCCAGGUUUAACACACAUUUUCCUAAUGGACUACCGAAACUACCUGGGGAAAAUGAAAAUGAACCAGUUACACAGCCUCCAGUCACUAGCUCUGUAAACCUGAUGAAAAAACUACCUCUAAAUUUACAGGCUGCAAAGGCAAAACCUCUAACAACACAGAAUCAGAAUUCAACAAUUACUUAUCAACCACCUCCUGGUGCUUUUACAAGUACCAGUCAACAGAUACCAGUAGCAACUGUUCCCACUCCAUCUUCUUACCAGCAACAUAGAAACAGAGCUGCUCCCUGUAAUAACUCGAGACCAUCUUCUGCCCAGCAGCAGGUUGAUAGGGUACCAGUUCCUAUUUUCAAACAAGGCAGCAGUCCUAUUGCUGAUCUGAGUAUUUUAGACUUCAAUUACUUCUUUGUGAAGAUAUUGAAGUGGAAUGCCAACUGGUUUGAUGAAUAUGAAAAACAUCAGACAGCACCUCCAGAUGUUGAAGAAGCUUAUCAUGUUUCUCAUCUUUUAGACUCGUAUGACAGUUAUGAAGAUUAUUUCAAAACUCUAUUCCCCCAUCUCUAUCUGGAGACUUGGGAAACAUGUGUGAGGUCUUGGCAAGAGUCAAAGGGACGAAGAAGAUCAGUUGACAUUGUGUUUACUCGAGUUCAUAAACCAUGUGACAAGAUGUUCACUUACACUUUUACUGCUGUGGUCCCAAAGCAGACCUUCAAUCUAUUAAAUGAAGGAGAUCUUGUGAUAGUAAAUACCUGGGGUGUGAAUGCAUGGGAAGUCAGUGCCAAACAUAAAGCCAAGUAUUAUCCACAGCUCGGAUUCAUAGAGAGGCUCCAGUACCGUAGGAAUCAGGGCGAUGUUGUUAAAAUCCUACAGACGUUUCCUUCUUUAGUUAAAGAAGGGAAAUCUGCCUCUGAUUUGAUUGGACUAGAAAUAAUUGUGAAGACCAGAUUUCGACAGUUCAAAAUGUUACCUGACAAGAGAUCUUCUAUUACGGUUGUAUGCUCGUUGGUGUCAACAAUACGUCACUACAAUGCCUUGUCCCGCCUUUACAAAACCACGAUGGUCAACAGUAUUUUGACUCCAGGUAUCCUUAGAGUAUUUCACAAUCAUCCUUCAGUUAGAGAAAAUGAUCUUCUGGGAUUAGAUAAAUAUAACAAGUCACAACAAAAAGCUAUUGUAAUAUCAACCAAGAUUGCACUGGAGCCUGCACAGCAAAAUAGGGUGGUGCUAAUCCAAGGACCUCCUGGUACUGGUAAAUCCUAUACUAUUAUUGGUAUCAUCAAGAAUAUCAUUAAGAAAAGCAAUAGGGCAUGUCAUAUUUGUCUGUGUGCACCAUCAAAUGCUGCCGUAGAUGAAUUAAUGAAAAGACUAAUAGAUGAAAGAAGAAAGAUGGAAGAAAAGAGUAAACAUUCUGGAUUCCGACUAGUUCGCAUCGGUAAACCAGAAAAUAUACAUCACGAUGUACAAAAGUACACAUAUCGGGAGAUUGUAAAAGUUAAUCAAGCAGAGGAAUUAAAGAACAAAAUCAAGAGACAGGUCAACACAAGUGUGGUAAAAGAAAUAGAUAAGCUGAAGACCAGGAUAUCAAGUUUGCAGGAGGAAUUGACUAAUAAGAUGAUCAAAAUGCAAACAAUUGAGGCAGGGAAGAUCAGAAGUGAAAUAAAUAAAUUAGAAAAGAAAAAAGAUGACAUGGAAGUUGCAAUCCAGGCUCAAUAUAAAGACAUAAAACUAACGAGACAAGAAGAACAAAAAGUUAUGAGGGAUGUGUUGAUAAAGAGCCAUAUAGUGUGUGGCACACUGAAUUCCUUUGGGAAUGAUUAUUAUGCAGACAUACUAGCUCCUUACUAUCAGAACAGUAGGAGGUCAAUGUUUAAUUGUAUUAUUGUAGAUGAGGCUUCACAAGCAACAGAGUUAGAUACACUGAUACCAUUACAAUACGGGACUACUAAAUUGAUUAUGGUAGGAGAUCCUGAACAACUUCCGCCAACUGUCUUGUCACAGAAAUCUGCUCAGAAAAGUUUUGGACAAUCACUGUUUGAGAGGUUCUACAACCAUUUUAGACACGAAGAUGUAAACCCUGUUCUAUUCUUAGAUACACAGUAUAGAAUGCAUCCAGAAAUAGCUCAUUUCCCUAGCAAAUUUGUCUACCUUGGUGCACUCAAGACUGACAGUUCUGUAGAGGAAAGAUGUAACAUUUUCCAGUUAAAACCAUAUCUUUUAUUUGACAUGCAAGAAGGACAGGAACACAGCACACAGAGGGGACAAGCAAAUUUACAGCUUAAUAGAGCAAUUAUAAACUCUACAGAGGCUGAGUUCACAAUAGAACUGUGUGAGUUCCUAAUGAGUCGGACAAGGUUGCAGCAGCAACAGAUUGGAAUCAUUGCACCAUACCAGCAACAGAAAAAAAUCAUCAAAGAAGGACUGGAAUCAAGGAAAUUGAUAUCAAUUGAAGUCAACACAGUAGACAGUUUUCAAGGUCGUGAGAAAGAAGUGAUAAUUCUAAGUUGUACAAGAGCGAAAAAUGUUUCUGGUGGAAUAGGGUUUUUAGCAAACAGUAAAAGAAUGAAUGUGGCUUUAACGAGAGCAAAAACAGCAUUGUAUGUAGUUGGAUGUCUUAGCUCUUUGAAGAGAGGUGACCUGGCAUGGAGAAAUUUAAUUGAGGAUGCCGAAAGAAGGAACGUUAUCAGAAAAAUCACAGAGGGAAGAUAUGAUAUGGUAUUUAAUGGUUGUUUGAAUAUCUCAGCUCGUCUGGGACGACUGUUUGUAACCUGAAGACAACAGUUACGGAAAUUAUCAAAUUCUGAAAAAAACUUAUUUUAAGCCUAGUCUUAAUAAGAAAAGAAGUGAUACUGUGAUUUUAAACAAGUAUGGAUCGUAAAAGUAUUUCGUAACUUGAAAAGGAAAUGAUUAAAGUAUGAUAUCUGUAAAAAAGAAUAUAUGGGUUGACUACUGAGUUCAAUUACUGUAAUUGAAUGGAAGAGGGAGAUGUUUUUGUUGAUGUUAAUUUUUGUUCAAUUGAAACCAAAUAAAAUGGACUAGAUAGCAUGUCCGAUUUAUUACAGUAGAAUAACAAAGAUGUAUAGCAAAUAGUUUACGGAGUAAUUAAUCAUGGAAAAAUAUUCCUUGAAAAAUUAUUGAUAUAGGAAAAAAAAUGCUGAGUUCCAUGUCUGUGUAAAGAUGAAGGAUAGAGUAUUGAGAGAAAAAUGGUUUUAUCAAAAUGGAGAGAAAAAGAAAGGGAAGAAGACAAGUUCAUAAUCAUGCAGAAAAUAACCUAUUUUCUAAAGUAUUUAGAAUUGAAGUCUGAUCAAACAUUUAUAUGAUAAAAAGGCUGACUAGUAUCCAUAGAAACAUAGUGCUAAUCAUUGCUAAUAAGAAAAUGUUGAGUGAAAAAUAAGCAUUACAUAGGCAAACCAAUAAACCAUUCCAAAACUGAUAUUAAAGAGAUUUUGCACAAUGCAGUGCUGAACCAUUUUAUUCUGUUGUUUAAUGAACUAUGUUUACAUAAUUGAUUUUAUGAAAACAUUUUGUUUCUUGGAGAUGUAUAUAUUUUAAUGAUGUUUAAUUUUAAUUAUGUGUAAAUUAUGUAUAUAUAAAACAUUCAAAUAUAUAUACAUGUGCAUCAUGUGUGUAUUUAUAUGUAACACUUUGUUCUUUUCAUGAGAACUUUCGGGUAACCUACUAAUCUUUGGGGAAAAUGUGGAUAUGAAAUUAGCUUAUUAGCAUUCAAAUUGUGGUUCAUUAGAAAAAUGUUCAAUUUAUUUUGAAAUCAAAAUAUUACCACUUUUUUUUCUUUAUUAUAUAGAUACUUGAAAUCCUGUACAGCUAUUUCCACUCUUUUUACAUGUUUGAAAGGUCAACCCUUUAAACAGUUUACAAAACCUAUGCAAUUUAACUACAAAAAGUUGUAAAUAUUUUUUUACACCUAUUGAUCUUUGAAAUUGUUAAUUUGCUAUGUAUAUUGUUUAUGCAAAUAUUCUUUACUUCAACUGCUGGUUUUAUCAAAUAGAUUUGUGUUAAAGAGGUAGACCUCAGUAUAGGGACAUAACUAUUAAAAAAAUCACUAGAACGUUUGUUUCUACCAUUUUUCAUAAUUAUAACAAGCUUUUAAGUAACUAAGAUUAUUUUAAUUCUGUUUCACACGAAUGCUUUAAAAUUAUCAAAACACAUUUAUGAUAUAAAAAGUUAUCUCCCCUUGAGUAAGGUACAGCAAAAUUUUUACCCCAAGUUUAUUGAAAAUGUUUAAACUCUUUUGUCAGAAUUUAAAUUUUUUAUACAAAAUAUUGAUAUUAAUUGAAAAAUCUUAAUGUGAGUAUAACUGAAUACUAGAGAACAGAGAGAUUUUUCAAUUUUGCUCUGUUAAAAAUUCUCUCGGGUUGGACUGAUUCAUGAAAAGUCUUAGAUUACAAUUUAUUUAUCCAAUUUUAGAUCCUUUAUCAGUACUUACUACAUUGGACAUUUCAUAUGUAAUUUUUUAAACGAAAAAGAAAAGUAUGUCGAUUGUUUGACAAAUUCACACAUAGAAUCGAAAAAAUUGGAUUGGAGAAUGGUGGUAACCGCCUUCUUCCUUGAAUAUUUUUUCAUAAAUGCCUAAAGAUCAGGACAGAUUUAAGUAUUUAAGUUUAUUUAAAUGUUUCGUUUAAAAAUAUCAAUAAUUUCAUUUAAGAAUUAAAAUACCCAUAACUCCCUCUAAACUACAGGACUUUGUUAUCAAUGACUAUUAAACUGUAUUUUUUAAAGUUAUAUAUAUAAUCAUGAAUUUGUCUCUAUUAAUGUAUUAAUGAAAAUAUGAUGUAUGUAAUUUAUUCUAUGGUUUGAUAUCAUUAUGUUUGGGGAAGUUUAUUUUUAAAGGUGAUUUUUUUUUUUUUUUUUCAGAAAGAAAUUUACUUUCUGUAACCAUGGUAAUGUAAAUGUAUUAAAAUAACUUUUAGACUGUCAAAAAAUGUUCAAAUUUUGUGUUUUUGAGUCUUAAUUUUCUUGGUUCUUUAUUAUACACUACUUAAAUGUCAACCUCCUUUCACAUAUGAUCUCAAAUAUAUUGAUUAAUCUGGCCCAUUUGUAACAAGUAGUCUUGCCAUAAUUCAACAUUUUAUCUCAUAAUUUUUUUUAAUUUUUGCCAAAAAUUUACUAGUCAUUUGUAUGAUAAAGUUUAUUGGUUGUGAAUUUAAUUUUCAAAAGGCAUUACAACUUCUUAAAUUUAUAACAAUGAACAUUUUCAACCCGAUAUAACUAGCACUCAAUCUGAUAUGUAAAACUGGGUGUCAAACAAUGAAUUCUAAACCUGAUAAAACUGUUAAUCAAUACAUGUAUAUGCAGAACCUAGUCGAAGUAAUCAAUAAAUGUCAAUCAUGAUUGAACUGUUAAUAAUAUAUGUUUUUCUUUACCAAAUGACUCUUAGUGUAUGUUAAACCUUAUUGAAAUGUCAAUAAUAUAUGUUAAAUCUGAUUGAACUUUAAGUCAAGGAAUGUUAAACCUGAUUGAACUGUCAGUCAGGGUAUGUUAAACCUGAUUGAACUGUUAGUCAAUGUAUGUUAAACCCAAUCGAACUGUCAGUUCAUGUACAAAAUGUAUAUUAAACCUGAAUCAACUGUUAAUAAAACCUCAUUAAACAUGUUAGACAGUCAUUCAUUUAAUAUCAAUCAUAUUUUUUGGAGGAAAGAUGAUUCAGUUCAUUUAUACUCACUUUUGUAAAUAAACAUGCAUUAUAUUUAUUUUUUUACAAAAUACGAUGUAGUAUUUUUGUUUUGUUUUGUUAAUUUUACAUUUUUUUAUACAUACAGCUAAGAUAGCAUUUUUUUAUUACUUUGUAAGACUGUGAUAAAUGGUAAAAGUCUUGCCCUGUCUAUGCAGUUUCUUGGAUCAAUAGUGAGAAAGUAUUGUUGUGUCUAUGCAGUUUCUUGGAACAAUAGUGAGAAAGUAUUGUUGUGUCUAUGCAGUUCUUGAUAACAUUCAUAUAAUGAAGAUAAAAUGUUUAAGAAUUAUCCCCCUCCCCCCCCCCCUCCCAGUUUGGACAAAAAUUUAAAGGUUAAAGAAAUAAUUAUCAACAACCAUUUAAUAUACUGAGUGAGGGAAGAGGAGGAUUUUGAAAACAAAAAAAAUAACUGACUCACCAUGCAGAAAAGACAGUUGGAAUUGCUGACUAAAACCAAAUGCUGCAAAUAGUUCUGAAGCAGGAGAAAUUAAAAUGACAAUUAAUGAAUUCAAUCUUCAGAAGGACUGACAAUUAUCACAGCAAGCAAAGAAAAGAUCUUUCUGUCCCUUUGUCACGCAGAAUAUCAAAUUGUUGUCCCAUUACCUGAAAUUCCUUAUUUAGAGUCAUGUGAAAUGAUUCAGACGAGCAUUUUUAUUGUGGCCAUGUUGUCUCAUUUAUUAUUUGAAUAGAAGUUUGUUCAGGGUAUUUCUACUAUUUGGUCCAGUAAGAAAAGUAUAUUAAUAUAAGUAUACACAUAUCAUGCAUAUAGGGAAAAAGCUUUAGAUUAAAAAAGAAAAUCUAUAUAAUUAUAUGCUGAUGGCAGAAAUAGUCCUCAGACUUGAAUUGACAAGCAGGUAUACCAAUAAAAAUAAAAUAUGUUUACUAUUUUUGUGUUUUUACUUGUGUUGAUCAAUGUCAUGUUUGUCAUAAACAUUAUCACAAUUCGU